AUGAAAUCAUGUACUGAUGAGAAAAUUUCGCCAACGCAUCUACGAAAUUCCCAGUUGCCAGAAACUAAUGCCAGGUCACCUACAGCAGAAGUCGUGGCGCCCGCAGCAGCAGAGAUCAUAUCAGCUACAGCAGAUGUCAGGUCACCUACACCAGAAACCAGAUCACCUACAGAAGAGUCCAGGACACCUCGAGAAGAAGCCAGGUCACCUCCAGCGGAAGCUACCACACUGGCAGCAGAAGGCCCUGCUCCAACUGCAGAGGACCCUACACUGGCAGCAGACGAUACUACGAAGGCAGCAGAGGAUAACACACUGGCAGCUGAGGACCCUGUAAUGGCAGCAGAAUACCCUGCACCAGGAGGAGAAGAUCCUACAUCAAUAUCUGGCUAUCCAACACCAGCAGUAGUAGAAGAUCCUUCGCUGGCAGCAGAAGAUCGAUCCUCAUCAGCAGCAACUGCAGCAAUCAUUAAAACAUAG